AUGGUGGACUACUACAAAGUCCUUGGACUGCAAAAAAACGCCUCCCAGGAUGACAUUAGGAAAUCCUACCGCAGACUGGCACUACAAUGGCAUCCUGACAAGAAUUCCAGCAACAAGGAGGAAGCCGAAAAGAAAUUCAAAGCUGUCGCUGAGGCAUACAAGGUUUUGUCUGACCCUCAGAAACGGUCGCUCUAUGACAGGUCUGUUAAGGAGAGCAGAUCCCACAGAGCAAGAAGUCCCUCGAUGGGCCAUAACAGCUUCUUUGACGCCACUUAUGUAUUCCAAGACCCCAAUGAGAUCUUUAGGGAUUUCUUUGGAGGGAUGGAUCCCUUUGUGGAUGUUUUCUGGGACCCAUUUGACAACAUCAGAAACGGUGAUGAAAACAAGCACGGUCCAAGUGGAAGAGGAAGCUGCUCCCAUUCGUUUUCUGACUUCGUGCAGUCUUUCAUGCCAUUUAAUCCAUUCAGCCCCAGUGAGCAGCCCACCUUCUCCUUUGCUGAGGACAUGGCUGAGCCACACAGUUUCAGGUCAGUCUUAACCACUACUGAAGGGAUCAACGGCAAGAGGGUCACCACCUGGAAAAUCAUUGAGAACGGGCAGGAGAGAAUAGAAGUAGAAGAAGAUGGCCAUUUGAGGUCUGUGACGAAAAAUGGAAGAGACCACCUGAAAUUAUAA